AUGCGUCUACUGCUGCCGUCGCUGGCACUCGCGGCAGGUGGCGCCUCGGCGGCCUCGUCGUCGUCCUCUUCGUCCGUGUCUUGGUGCAGCAACUCUACGGCCAGCGCCGUACUCACCAACUGCGGCGACGUGUGUACAACUGGCGAUCCGUGCGUACAAUACACCUCCUCGUCCAGCUGCAGCGAAGCCUCGCGCAACGACUGUGUCCGACACAGCUCCUCCUGCACAUACCAGUGUCUGGACGCCUACAACUCCGUAGCCAAGAAGUUCACAGUCUUCGUCAAGGAUCCCUCAUCUUCCGAUACAUGGACGUCCAGCGCCAGUGGCAGCUCAGCCGCCGCCUUCCCCAGUGCGGAGAUCGACACAGUUAACGGCAUGGAAUACGCUGAGGCGACUAGAAAUAUUCAGAUCACUGGUUUUGACGACACGAAUGUGCAGAAGGGAUCGCUCAAGUCCGUAACGUUCGAUGAAGACACGUUCUCCACAGCCACAGUGUUAGAGCAGCUGAUCUUGACCAAUUUGGAUCUCGGAUCGCUACCUACCGGCUUCUUGCCGACCACAAUCUCGUUACUAACGAUGGAGAACUGUAACUUGGCCAGUUUACCAGCACAGUUGGGCAACCUUGCGAACAAGAACCUGGUGACACUCAAUCUGAACAAGAACACAAUGACGAGUAUCACGGAUUCGGACAGCUCCGUUACUGAAGCUCUGCAAGGCUUGACCACAUUGAAUCUGACGGACAACUCAAUCGCUACCUUUGAAGUGUCACUUCCGUCCGUCACAACAUUGGAUCUAUCCGACAACAAAUUGACAGAGUUCCCAUCCGUGAUCUUCAACAUGACGGACCUCAACGUCCUAAAUAUCGCUGGCAACAGCAUCAGCAGUUUGACUGUGACUUCAGCGCAGUACAGUUUCUUGCGAAAGCUUUCAUCUGAAAGUACCCUGAGUAUCAGUACCAGUGCUUGCUCAAGUGGCACCGCAACUGACGUGUUGGACUCGGUAGUGUGUGUGUCUGACGAUGCUGCGUCUUCGUCUUCGGAUGACAGCUCGUCUUCCAGCACUCUGGUCAUUGUCGUCGUCGUGCUAGCCGUUGUGGUGGUGCUAGGCGUUGCAGGGUUCUUCUUCUACCGCCGAAAGAUGAAAAACCGUGGCUUCUUCUUAUCAAACACCCCCGAUAUGGUGGGAGUGGCCACUCCUCCGUCCGCACACAACACCCCUGCACGCAACAGAGCUGGCAGUCGUGGACGCGCUUCGUCCCAGCAGCGACCCCCAACAGUUGGCGGUCGUACUCCUCGCAGCUCGAUCCCGAACGCGCUACUGGCAGGUUUCUCCGAUCACGGCAAAAAGAUGUCCGAUGCGCAACCUCGACGAAGCAGUGUACAGUCUACUCUUCCUGUCGGUGCAAAUGGUCGUCGAUCCAGGAGCUCUAUCAUCAGCUCUAACGUGGCGCAGAUUCCGAGCGACGAGCUCAAUUAUACUCGCAAAAUCGCCAAGGGCGCUUUCGGUGAAGUGUGGCUGGCGUUGUACGGCAAAGACCUGGUUGCUGUCAAGAAGUUGAUCACGGUCGAGGGAACUAGUGUACAAGACUUUGUCUCGGAGCUGAAUUUGCUGGCAUCGCUGUCGCAUCGAUGCAUUCUCACGCUAAUUGGCGCCUGCUGGGACGACGAGCUGACUGACAUCCAGAUCGUCAUGGAAUACAUGGACUCCGGUGACUUGCUCUCGGUCCUGCGUAAGAAUCCGCCAUCCGUGCUGACGUGGGAGAACGGCAAGGCCAGUUACUGCGUGCAGGUGUGUGAAGCAGUAUACUACUUGCACAGCUUGCAGCCUGCUCUGAUUCAUCGAGACAUCAAGUCGCGGAACAUUCUGGUGGACUCGCAGAAGGGAGCCAAGUUGUCUGACUUUGGAGAGAGUCGCGAGCGUACUGUUGCGAGAACUAUGACGGCUGGAGUGGGCACGGCUCGCUGGGUGGCGCCUGAGAUCAUUCUGGGUGAAGACUACAGCGAACUGGCCGAUAUCUACUCGCUUGGCGUGCUGCUUACCGAGAUGGACACGCACCAAAUUCCGUACCAGACGUUGGGUCUCGAGGAGUCCAUGAUCGUGCAGCAGGUGGCUGUCGGAAAGCUGAGACCCAAGGUGUCCGACACGUGUCCGGAGAUUAUCCGCCGACUGACUCACGAAUGCCUCCAGUACGACCCCAGCCUGCGACCGUCGGCUGCACGUGUACUGCAGACUCUCAUGGCUUCGCCACUUGUUCGUCGGCCAUCCGUUAGUCUGGCGGACGACUAG